AUGUGGUGGCAGAUUCUAACGCUGCUGCAGAUACUUUUGGCGCUCAGCCCAGGCAGCUAUGCAGAGAAAAUGCUGCGGCCCAAGUUCAAGGAAAUCAAAACUUGGAGCGAGGAGAAAUGGGUUAGCCACAAGGUCACCUACGACAAUGCCGAUCCGCAUUUGAACUUCUCCAUGGAGGUACAUCAGGAGCUGCAUGACGUCGACAUACAUGUGGAGGUGCGCAUUACCAACAAACUGGAUCCCUACUACAGCUCCUCGCUGAACAGCACCAUCAAUAUUUGCCGUCUACUCAACUAUGCCAACAAAUCGCCUGUGGGCCGCUUUGUUCACGGCUUUAUACGCGAGUUUGGCAGCAUCGUUGAGAACUGUCCCAUUGCCAAGGGCUCGUACUUCAUCAACAAGUUCUGGUGGCCAGAGGAUCCAACCAUUGCAAUACUGCCCGAGGUGGAGUUCGAUAUACGCUUCGAGGCGCAGCUGCUGGAUGCGAACAAGAAGCGCACCAUGCUAAUGAACGAUCACAUCCAUGGCGAUUUCAUUGUCCAGGACGUCAACAAUCUAAAGCCGGGCAUUUUCGCUAUGCUGCCCAAGAAUCGCUAAGCGCGCAGCACUCACAACAGUUUGUCAAACAGCACUUUCAAUGUUUCAAUGGUAUUCUAUAAAA